AUGCGGCAACAACACUACAACGACGAUAGAAACUUCGACGGCAGAGACGACGACGACGACAACAACAACAACAACAACAACAACGACUGCGUGAUCGGAUUGUACGAUCAGAGGCAGCGCCGGAAGAGAUGCGCGACCAACGGUUGGCUGACGAUGACGUUUCUCGCGUAUUCGUUCCUGCUGACCGUCCGGUUACAUUUCACGUACUCGAUGAUGGUCGUGAUGACCGAACCGCUGGUGGCCGCGCCAGUCGACCGGCCGCUGUGCCCGGGCGCCGCGCUGAACGUGGGAGCGAACUCCACGACCGCGGUGGCCGGCCGGCUGGACUGGACGAUCCGGCAACAGGCGGCCACGAUGGGCGCGUACUUUUUCGGCACGCUGGUGUCCACGCUCCCGGGCGGCGUGUACUCGAGCCGCGGUUACGAGCGGUCAAUAAUGAUGUGGUGUGUGGCCGUCACGGCCGCUACGGUGGCGCUGGUGCCGGUCGCGUUCGCGCAUCGCGAGAGUUGGAUGGCCGUCACGUUGCUCAGGUUCCUGCAAGGGUGUGCGUUCGGACCGACUGGCUCGUGUGGUGGAACAUUGGCCGGUAAAAUCAUACCAAAAACCAACAGGAUCCUGUACACGACGUUUAUGUUCUCCGGCACGGUAUUUGGCGGCUUCUUCGGGCAUUUGUACAGCGGAAUAGUCAUACCUAACGUAUCACUCGACGGCAGCUUUUUAGCGCUGUCUGUCAUCGGGUUUGUCUGGGCCGCCGUGUGGGGGACUAUGAUUCAUCUGACACCAUACGUUAACGACUUCAGCGACAGCCCUAAGUCCGUGUCGUUCAUCUCAACGGCGUGGACCGUGAUCAUGCGAUCAAUGCCGUUCAUUAGCUUGCUGAACGCAUCGUUUGGUUUCGGAUUUUUAUAUAGCUUUAUCACUACCGGGCUACCGAUUUAUAGCGCCAAUGUCCUAGGCGGCGAUGCUGUGAAAACCGGUAUACAAGUAUCUGUGUCUUGGAUAAUCAGUUGGAUUUUGUCUAUAUUCGCAGGAAUCUCAGCCGCGUCUUUAACGAACGUUGACACGAAUACGAAAAUAAAGGUCAGAAAGCUGUACGUCGGUAUUGUGUUGAUAGGAUCACCGAUAAUGCUUUUGGGUGUCAUGAUUGCAGAAUGUAACGAGUCGUUAGCCAGAAUAUUUAUGAGAAUGACUGUAAUAUUAUUGGGCUUCGAACGAAGCAGCAUCCGAAUAAAUUCUCUAGACUUAUGUCCUAGUUAUGUGGGAAGUCUAAUAGCCAUGUGUGAUAUUUUUUACUCUAUGGGUAAUAUAAUUGAUUUAGUGCUGGUUCGAAAUUUAUUUGCAGACACUAUGAAUUGGAGCAUAACAUUCCAGGUGACUAUCAUAUUCUCAAUUGCGUGUAGCAUACUAUUUCUUUUGUUUGGCUCCUCACAACAACAAUGCUGGGAUCAAAGAUAUGUACGUCCGUAA